AGCGCGCGCGCACACACGCUCACACGCACACACAAGCACACACACACUCAUUUGCGCGGUGUGGGGAUCAGAAAGUGCUUCGGUUCAUGACGAUCGGAUUUCAGUCUCGGGGUCUGAAAUGGAGUCGGAGCGAAGCUAACACACACACACACACACACACACACACACACACACACACACACACACACACACACAUACAUACACACUCUCUCUCUCUCACACACACUUCACCCACAUAGCGCUCAGUUUUCCGACGCUGAUCCACGGCAAUGGGGAGCAGCCGUGGCCUUCAGAAUUUAGGCCACGCCCCUUCUGAGUCUGACGUAGGUUUAUAGAUGACAGCAUGUCACAGACUCGGACAACACAUCAGACUCUGUGAGAGACACAGUGAGGAGACAUCACUAGGGGAGCAGCCGAUCUUCACGACUCGAGCUCAUGUCUUCCAGAUAGAUCCCAGCACCAAGAAGAACUGGGUUCCUGCCAGUAAACAAGCUGUCACCGUGUCCUACUUUUAUGACAGCAAUCGCAACAGCUACCGCAUCAUCAGCGUGGAUGGGUCAAAGGUGAUCAUUAACAGCACUAUCACCCCCAACAUGACCUUCACAAAGACGUCACAGAAGUUCGGUCAGUGGGCUGACAGCCGUGCAAACACUGUGUUUGGCCUCGGGUUCGCUACUGAACAGCAACUGUCCAAGUUUGCUGAAAAGUUCCAGGAGGUGAAGGAAGCGGCUAAAAUGGCAAGGGAGAAAUCACAGGAGAAAUCAGAUGCAACCAGCAACCAUUCACAUGAAUCCGGCCGUGAGACUCCGCUGUCCAGUCAGGCGUCCAGUAUGAACGGCACAGACGAUGAUAAAAUCUCUUACACACCUGAUACCCCGGUGCUAAUGAGCGAGAACAACCGAGUGAAGACUGCUGUGGAGCAGAGUACUAACCAGUAUGAGCCGGAGCUGCAGGCUCUGAAGGAGAGUAACACUCGGCUGACAGAGGCUCUGCAGGAGGCAAACAUCAGUGUAGAAAAGUGGAAAGCACACACCAUCGCAUGCCAGGAGGAGAACACCAAACUCAAGACCAAGAUUGCAGACCUUGAGGCAGUGUGUAAGGAGGUGGAUCUGGAGAAAGAGAGAAACACUCAGCUAAAUACCCGAGUGCAGAAACUUGAGAACGAAAUAAAGGACAAAGAACAGGAGCUGGAGAAUAUGAGAAAGCAGGCUGAAAUAAUUCCACAGCUCAUGUCGGAGUGUGACGGCCUCAAUGGCAAGAUACAGGCGGCAGAGCUGGCCAAUCAGGAGGCUCGUGGGCGUGUGUCAGUGCUGCAGAGUGAAGUGAGUGAAGGACAGCAAAGACAAAGAGCCAUGAAAACUGAGCUGAAGAAGUUCAUGGAGCUUCUGGAGGGCAAGAUAGACGAACUGCAUGAAGUCCGCCAAGGGCUGUCUCACCUGGGCAUGGACAACUAACACACACACACACACACUCUCUCUCACACUUCUCCCUUGCUCUUAUACAAUAUAGUAUCUCAAUAUCUAGGGAGUAACAGCCAUACAUUUUUAUAUAACUUAAAAUUAUGUGAUGUAAUAUCAUAAUACACACACAGGUAAAGAGUAUAUAAUGGCUUUGGUUGAGAAACACACACACACACAUACACGCACAGUAAAACACACUGCAAUGGACUCACUAAGGUGGUGAUCUCAGGGUGCUGGUGAAACACACACACACACACACAAAUUGCAGUUUCACAAAGUGCCUGAGGGUAGCUUCAGUCCCUCACUAUCCUCACACACACACACUACAUGUGGCACACACACACACACACACACACACACUACAUGUGGCACACACACGCACAGACUUGAGUGCAAUACAGUAUAUGAGAAAGGGGCGGGGCUUCAUUUUCAAUACAUUUUUAUAUAGAACUGUUCUGAUUUGUUGGUUUCUAUGCUGUGAUCUGAUUGGUGUGUGCAUGUGUGACACUCAGUGUUGUGAAUGAUGUGCUUCCCUCGUGUGUGUGUGUAUUUGUAAGUAUUUUGCUUAGAAAUAAAUGCUUUGGUCCUGGGACUUUUUUGUUUUGUUUAAGUGUGUGUGUGUGUGUGUGUGUGUGUGUGUGUGUGUGUGUGUGUGUGUGUGUGUGUGUGUGUGUGUGUGUGUGUGUGUGUGUGUGUGUGUGUGUGUGUGUGUGUGUCAGAUUUAGAUUUUUACAGUAUUUCGAAUGAUUAUCAGCACACUACACACACAGACAUACACUGUCUCUGCCCCCCCCCCCGCCCCCGCCUUACUCUGUGUAGGACACGUCAUUGUUCCCCAAAGUUUACAGGUUUUUUCUGAUCAAUAAUGUACAAUAAUAAAAUUGUCAUAUAGUUUAAAUAAAAA